CGAAUGACAAGUGAACUGUCAGACAGUUGAUAAAGGAUGGAAGUCGAUAAUAGUCCCAAUAGUUCACCGAAACCGAGCCCAGUCGAAUUUUGCUACGACCGCGAGCCAGAUCGAACGUCUAGCCACCAUGAAAGCCGUAUUCAUUUUGUUCUCGUCGAUAUGCGUUUCUGCGUGGUGCGUUUCUGCUGCUUCUUUCAACGAAGGUACGAAUUGUCCACUACCAACGUUGAACAACCAUCUGGCCACCACCGUAACGCUGCAUCGCAUCGUACGUGAGAUCGAUCCUUUCAGAAUCAUCGAACGAUUCAUAUCGGACAUAACUCUGUUUCCGGGGAGAGCGUUCCAACAGUUCUUGCAAUUCAUCCGAUCGAUCCUCGCCAGUAUCAAAUCGGCAAUUCGAUUAGUGUUCGAUAGUAUCGACUCAAUAAUCAACAACGUGUUUGAACAAAAUAAUGGAACCAGCUCGAGCACCGAAGAUAGACAUCGAAGAUCGCCGAAUGAAACAUCACCUCUUCCGGAUGUGAUAUUAAAUCCGCUGAACGACGUCCGGAAAAUACUACGCCAAAUAGAAAAUACCACUAGCGCAGAAAUCGGGACGAUCGUGGAGACUAUAGCGCGUACCGCGUGGAACUUCUUCACCACGGAAGUGCUCCCUUGGCUGCACCGUAUACUCGAGAGGCUCGAAAACUCAAACGUUCUGCCCUCCUCGGUACAAAAUCUGAUCCAAAGUUUGGAGGCCAUCUACUUUUUGAUGCGAAUGGCCGGUUACGUCAGCUGAUUUUCACGAAGCGAGAGGCGAAUAAUUUUGACAGCAGGAGGCCGAUCGCGAUAUUAGUUCCCUUUCUUUCACUGGAAUUUGUCGAAAUAGCCGAAUAUUCUACUCAAACUUACUUUACUGUUUUCGACGAUUGCCAAAUAUAUAUAUAUAUAUAUA